AUGGAAUAUUUUAAUAGUAAAAUUAAUUCAUUUCACACGGUCGAUAGAAAUGGUUUGGCUUGGAUAUAUGUUGUUUGGGGUGUAACUGGAUGUGUUCUGAAUAUAAUCCUGUUCACUCGAAAGCAGUUUCGUAAAAUGUCGUGCUAUAUAUACGUCUUAGGAGCCGUUGUAGGUAUGAUGUUCAGCCUAUUAAUCUACUCAAUUCCAAUUAUCUAUAGCUAUUAUAAAGUGGAUUCAUUAAGCUACAGUAUCUGUUUUUGCAAAUUUCAUGUAUAUUUUGAUAGCACUACUUCAGUGAUAUAUCGUUUAUUACUAAGUGCAGCAUCUUUCGAUCUUUAUGCGUCAUCAGCGUCGAAUGCACGUUUAAGACGUUUAGCAAAUGUACGAUUCGCAUACCGUGCGAUAGCUACGAUUACUGUUUUGGUUUUGCUUGCACAUGUUUAUAUAUUGAUUGUAACUAAUAUUAAAGCAGGCGCUUGUGCUAAUACAUUGAAUUUAAUCUCGCUGUUAUUUGUUAAUCUCUUUACUUUAUUUAAUAAUUCAUUUCUGCCAACGGCAAUCAUGAUUGUUUGUACUUUACUUACCCGAAAGAACCUGACACAAAAGCGAAAACGCCGACAGGAUCUCGAUGCUCAACGACCCUCAAACAACAGAAUUGCUCAAAUCCAAUUAAAACGUGAUCAACAAGUUUUUAGAGUGUUAUUCGGCCAAGUCGUCGCUUUUUUUGUAAUAACGUUUCCAUCUGUGAUUUAUAGUGUGAAUAAUAUUAUUUCACCUUACAUAACAAACAAGAGUGCGAAUCAAAUUACUAUCGAAAAUUUCAUAAAAAUCAUGGCAGAAGGAUUAUCAUAUCUCUUUCCUGCCCUUUCAUUUUAUAUAAACACAUUAACGUCCAAUAUGUUUCGAAAAGAAUUAUGGACCAUUCUACGAGGUUGGUUUUCUUGCGGUGACGCAACCACUAAUAAACGUGUCGAGCUAAAACCGGUGCAACAGAGAGUGCCUGUAAACCCUUUACACUAA